AUGAUUCUGCUUCAUCCACAGCCGGUCUUUGCAGGUGGGAUAAACAGCAAAGAAGUCCCAGAGAAGUCAACUUUGCCCCCAAGGAUCUCUGCUGUCUGCCCNGCCGCCAUCUGCCAACCUUUGCACUAUGCCCACCUGAUGAGGAGAAAGGUUUGUAUCCAGCUGUCUGUGGCCAUUUGGCUCUGGGGCUUCCUACACUCGACCAUCCACGUUGCCUUGGCCUCUAGGUUGGACUUUUGUGGAAACAACAAUAUUCCUCACAUCUUUUGUGAUGUUCCCCCAUUACUGAAAAUCGCCUGCAGUGAUACCUGGGCCAACGAAUUGGCCAAUCACAUCACCAGCCUCUUUGUAGGCCUCAGCCCCUUCCUCUUCAUCAUCCUGUCCUAUGUCUGUAUUCUGACCUCCAUUCUGCGAAUUCGCUCCAACACCGGCAGGCGCAAAGCCUUCUCCACUUGUGCCUCACACAUAAGUGUGGUAACUCUGUUUGUUGGUAAUGGAAGUAUGAAUUACAACCAGCCCAGUGCUGGAUACUCUCUGGAGGUUGAUGCUCUGAUCGCCACCAUGUUUUGCAUCGUCACCCCCAUGCUGAACCCUUUGAUCUACAGCCUCCAUAACAGAGAGGUGAAGGGGGCCCUGAGGAAGAUCUUCAACUGCAUGAAGAAAGCAUAG